AUGACCAAACUUCAUGCUUCGCCCUUUUCAGCCAGAAACAGUCCCAGAGGUCGAAGGAAUGACGACAGUCCCUCGCGGCAACUACAAUGGGAAUUGGACCGGGCAUUGGGUCAAUUACAGUUACACGAAAUCGAAAGUUCCAAGCUUCAUGCCUAUCAGAAGCGUCAGCAGCAGGACGAGCUCGAUGCCCGAGAAGCGGCCCAGGCUCAUGUUCAUCAGCUAGAGCUCAAUGCUGCCAGCGCCCAGCAUGAGGUUGUACGAAAGCAGGCCGAGGCUGUCCUCCAGGCCUACAUCAAGAAGGAGGAAGAAGAACGACGAAGGCGUGAAGAAGACGAGCGAAAACGGUUAGAGGAGGAAGAACGACGAAGAAAGGCAGAGGAGGAAGCCCGCAGAAAAGCUGAGGAGGAGCUCAGAGCUCGAAAGGAGGAAGACGAGCGUCGCGAAAGGGAGGAGCGUGCUCGACAGGAGGCGGAACGUCGCGCGAAAGAGAAAGCUGACGCAGAAGAAAAGGAACGGAGAGAAAGGGAAGCUGAGCAGCGGAAGCAGCAAGAGGAGAACGCAAAAGCUGAAAAGGAAGCCGCUCUUCGGAAGCUGCAAGAAGAAGAAGCGGCCGCUAAAGCAGCACCAACACCCCAGCCAAGUCAAGCUCCUUCUUCGGAUAUCGAGCAGCAACACCGCGAAUACCUUGCUCUCCACAAGAAGCUGAAGACCUUUCGAUCAGAGUUCUGGACAUCGACCAGAAAGGACCCAGCCUUGAAGCCACACGUUGGUGACAUGCGACGGGCCAUUCGAACAAGUGUGGGACAACUGACCGAUGACAAGGCGGCUAACAAAGUAGCGCACGAUCGAGUCAAAACAACUCUGCUUCGAGCACUGAAGGAGCUGCCAUCGCCUCCAGCAUCUGUCAGCGAGUUCUUACCAGUACAUCUCAACCUUGGGGACAAUGGUGCGACCACAGUCCCAUCGUUGGCUCUGUAUCUUCUCUCGAUUUUCAGUAAAGCCGUCAUCGCCGCCUUCGUUGGCGAAUGCGCUGUCAACCCGAAGGCAGCUGAGCCGAUCGGCACCCUGGUUGCACAGAUCUUCUCGAUGCCCGAUCUCCAAUUCGGCCGAAACGCACCUGCCGAUGCUUCCUCCCGACCCACACCAAGUCAGUCGCUGAUACCGAUUCUCAUGUGCAAAUUUCAUGCCACGGCUCCUAUCCUCUUUGGCAUCUCUGGCUCCGAGUCCACCACAGCAGGCAAACUCCGGCUUGGCUGGCGUCUCGAUAGGAUGGAUGAUUCCGCCGACUCGAAACGCGCCUUUACGACUCAGAACAAACACUACGAUCGUCUUACCGGCCUCGGUGUCGGGUACGCCUCUAUUGCGCUGCGGAACUUCUCAAAGGCUAGAUUCCAGAACCCAUGGCCACCCGUGCAUUUCUGGUCGAGUCUGGCGCAUAUCAUCAACACCCGUCCGCAAGAGGUCCAGACAAGUCAUCUCAUCUUGUUGAAGAACAUGUUGGAGAAUAAUUCCAUCGAUCGCUUUGUGCUCUUCUUUGGGGCUGUCGGCGUCGCAGCGUUGAGGCAGGCAGUUGUGGAGUUUCCGAAGACCCUGCCGCAUGAGCUGCAGGAGAAGCAAGUGACCAAGUCAUUGCAACUGAUGGUGGAAGGGUGGAAGAAAGAGAAUCAUUUCUCACUUACGUAG